CUCACUGUCACUCCUCACACACGUGUCAGCACUACAGGACUCACUUCCGGUUCAACAUGGCGGCAUCCAUGGCAUGUCAGGCAGCUUUGAGAGGACUCCGAGCAGCCAGCAGUAAACAACUGCUUGGGAGCCGAAACCAGUUAGCAAGGGUAAGUCCCAGAAGAUGGCUGAACCUGCAGGAGUACCAGAGCAAGAAGCUGAUGCAGGACAGCGGCGUGACAGUCCAGCGCUUCUUUGUGGCUGACACUGCCUCUGAAGCCCUGGAGGCUGCCAAGAGACUCAAAGCGAAGGAGAUUGUCCUGAAAGCUCAGAUUUUAGCGGGAGGAAGAGGCAAAGGAGUGUUCGACAGCGGCCUGAAAGGAGGGGUGCAUUUAACAAAAGAUCCUGCUGUUGUUGGAGAGUUGGCCGGAAAGAUGCUCGGCUUCAGUCUGACCACCAAACAGACCCCUAAGGAAGGAGUGAAAGUGAAAACGGUGAUGGUUGCUGAAGCUCUGGAUAUCUCCAGGGAAACGUAUUUUGCCAUCCUGAUGGACCGUUCCUGUAAUGGACCCGUGAUAGUGGGCAGUCCUCAGGGCGGUGUGGACAUAGAAGAAGUGGCUGCCACCACGCCAGAGCUCAUCUUCAAGGAAGUCAUAGAUAUUUGCGAGGGGGUCCGAGACGACCAGGCACUACGUAUGGCAGCUAAUUUGGGAUUCAAAGGACCGUUGGAGAGACAGGUAAUGGGUUUGGACUGAAUCGCUGCCAAAGAGAUUUUGCCAUUAG